CAGGGCCUGGGCAAUGGGCAACGUGAUGGAGGGGAAGACGGUGGAGGAACUGAGCAGCACCGAGUGCCACCAGUGGUACAAGAAGUUCAUGACCGAGUGUCCCUCAGGCCAGCUCACCCUCUAUGAGUUCCGCCAAUUCUUUGGGCUCAAAAACCUGAGCCCAUCGUCUAGCCAGUAUGUGGAGCAGAUGUUUGAGACCUUUGACUUUAACAAGGACGGCUACAUCGACUUCAUGGAGUACGUGGCUGCGCUGAGCCUGGUCCUCAAGGGAAAGGUGGAACAGAAGCUGCGCUGGUACUUCAAGCUCUACGACGUUGAUGGCAACGGAUGUAUCGACCGCGACGAGCUGCUCACCAUCAUCCGGGCCAUUAGAGCCAUUAACCCUUGCAGCGACUCACCCAUGAGUGCAGAGGAAUUCACAGAUUUGGUGUUCUCCAAGAUCGACAUCAAUGGGGAUGGGGAGCUCUCCCUGGAGGAGUUCAUGGAGGGCGUCCAGAAGGACCAGAUGCUCUCGGACACGCUGACGCGCAGCCUGGACCUUACCCGCAUAGUGCGCAGGCUCCAGAAUGGGGAGGAGAGCGAGGAGGGGGCAGGGGACCCAGCGGCCAAAGCAGCUGGCUGAG